ACUGUAUAUAUACUCGGCGCGGGACGCUCGUGCGUGCUUCUCCUUCACGCGCACACGGCGCAUAUAAAUUCGUCGGGGUUUUGCGAGUCGAGCACUCGGCUGCUGGUGAGAGGAAUCCUCGCGCAGAAUGAAUGUCGUGCGGAUCAACUCCAAGAACGUGAUAUUCCUCUUCAUGGCCCUCCUAUCAACCUCCGUCCAGGAGGCUCGCAUGGAUUACGGCACCGCGACCAGUUAUGCUCUGAAAGAAGCUAACGUAAACUCCACGCCAGCCUAUAGCAGCAAGAAGGAGGAAAUUGCUGGUCUGUGUCCGAGUGGGAUACCUUGCGUAGAGUUGAGUGGAGAAUGCCUGAGGUGCAAUUUAAAUUACAGCUGCAAAUAUGGGGUGAUGUAUGAAGCAAACUGCUCCGUGAUGGAGCACGUUGAUUGUAUAGGAGAACAGACUUUCUUGAAGAAAUACAUGUGCCGUUAUUGUUAUCAAACUGACCACUGGGAGCAUCAGUGCCAUCAGAAAAAUUCCUGCAGCUCAGUAGCGUCUCCUCAGCAAUAUUAUAGAACAAAUUGUACGGUAAACGGUGACAUACUCUGUCUGGGCAGACGAAGGUUUAUGAAAAAUUUGCCCUGUAACUGGACAGUUGGAUAUCGUUGGUCUACGGCUUUGAUCUUGAGCAUCACUCUUGGAGGAUUUGGUGCAGAUAGGUUUUACUUGGGACAUUGGCAAGAAGGUAUCGGCAAGCUUUUCAGUUUUGGCGGACUGGGUGUGUGGACUUUAAUCGACGUGAUAUUAAUCUCUAUGAGAUAUUUAGGCCCCGCUGAUGGCUCUUUGUAUAUUUAGAUUAUUUAUGGAUAUUGUAAUUAUCAGUAUCAGAGAUCUAAGUCUUAUUUCAUCAUAAUUUAUCAUAGUCCUUGUAGGGAAAUGUUAUAUUUGUUGAACUAGGUACAAAUUAAUGUGAUAUAUGUAAAUAUAUAAAUAUAAAUAAGUUUUUAUUAAAUAAA